AUGUUCAUUCUUCCAUAUCAAACUGGUGUAAUUGUCAUUGGAACUGAUCCAAACCGCGAAUAUUAUGGCUGGUGGACUGAGAAACAAAACGAUAUGGUUCUAGUUCAAAAUUUUCAAAAAGUCAUUCCAUUAUUUUGGUCCAGUUGGGUAUUCUGGCACUACGUGUACUCUAUGAUAUUCUCACUUGUUGCACUUGCUCUCGAGAGGUUUUGUGCUACUUAUUUCAUCGAAGACUAUGAAAACGUGCGACGUCGUUAUAUUCCGUACCUCCUAAUUGUGUUCACUAAUCUGAUUACUAUCCCAUAUUCAUAUCUAAUCGUGAACAAUAUGAUCCCCUUCUGGAUUGCUUUUGCUCAAUGUGUCGUCAAUGGCUCUUUUGUAUUUUUUGGAUAUCUGGCUUUCUGGAGGAUCAAUGUACAUCUGAAGAAUAGAAUAGUGAAGAGGAGAAUGAACAAAAAACAAGAAUAUUCUUUGACCAGGAAGUUUCAAAUCGAAGAAAACAUUCGAAGUUUCAAGCUGGCGAUCAAAAUGGUGUUUGCAGCUGUAAUCUAUCUAUCAAUAUCUCUAAUAAUCCUAUUAUGCUUGAUAUUUGAGCUUUUCCAAGGAUACGAACAUAUAUUUGUGCACAUUUUCGAUAAUAUUGUCUUAGCAGCCGCUCUGAUUCUGAGUUUGACCCUUCUUUCCUGCUCACCAUCUUGGUCAGAAAGCUUCAUAAGAGGACUUCCAAUUAUCGGAAGAUAUAGAAGUCCACGUGUUGGUCAUUUCAAUUUUCCUCCCGAAACUUCCAUAUCUGAAUCUGAUGUUUAUUUCAAACAACUUAAACAUGCUUGGUUGUAA